UUUACCGACCGGUUAGAUAUACUAUGUAUUGAAAAGGAGCUUUAAUGUGUGUAAAUAAUUCUUCAUGACCUCUUCCACAUUUCCUUGUCUUUAUGCAUCUUUUAACUGAUAAAGAAGAUUCUAUCUUUCAUAUGUAAAAUAUUACUUUGUUGUAAUUGUUAUAUGGUUGAAAUAAUUUUGUUACGUGAACUUAACCUAUCGCAGCCGCAUGGUAACAUCAGGAUCUGCAAACAAUGGAACAUCAAUGUAAUUGUGGCAGUGCACAUGAUACAACAGAAUUAGGUGUAAAUUAUAAUUUAUAUGAAAAAAUAGAUAAAGAAAAAGUAGAAUGUCUAAACGAAGAUGAGGAAGGUAGUGGUGUAAAAGUCUUUAAAACAUGGGAAGAGAGAUUAGACAAAUCAGAGUAUGUUCAAAGUGAUAUAGAUGCUGAACUCCUAUUCAAUAUACCUUUCACAGGGGAUGUAAAAUUAAAAGGACUUAUUAUAAUUGGAGAUGAGGAUUAUUUGCCCAAAACAGUAAAACUAUACAAAAAUCGACCACACAUGGUAUUUGAUGAUGUAAAUAUUAGCCCAGAACAAGAAUUUGAGUUAAUUACAGAUUUAUAUGGGAUCCAUGAAUAUCCUGUGAGAACAGUAAAGUUUUCAUCUGUACAACAUUUAAGUCUUCACUUUGUUGGUGAUCAGAAUAUGGAACAAAUUAAAAUUUAUUAUAUUGGUCUCAAAGGAGAAUGGACUCCAACUCAUAAACACGGCGUGACUAUUUGUACAUACGAAGCACGUCCUUUAAUCAGCGAUCAUCCAACUGAUUUUAAUGAAAUCAAUAGAGAGAUCAAAUGAUGUCUUAAUUGAAAUCUAUUUUUGAAAUCUUGGUCAUAAAUAUAUAAAACAAAUGAUAUUGAAAAGAUACUAUUAUAAGAUAAUAUACUAUAUCCUGUUA